UCUAAAUAACCUUACUUCUCUAAUUUCUUUAGCCCAUUUUUUCCCAAAGUGAUGCAUGUAGUAACAGGUUAAUGAAGAAAAAUCCAGUAUGAAAAGAGUUCUAAGAAGAAUGUUUGUCAUAACUGAGAAAUAUUACUAAAGGAGAAUGGUCCAUAAGUGUGAAUACUUUAUGUAUGAAUUGCCUAAAUCCAAAAUACAGACACACUGGUGUGCUUGUUUCCUGUAUACCAGCUCUCAUGUAUCUUCCAAAAGGUGUUUCUGCUAUGUGGAACCACAGAAUCUCACAGGUGCAUUGCAAUUCCUCCUUCUGGGGUUCUCAGAUCAUCCAGAACUUCAGCCUCUAACUUUCAGCCUCUUCCUGUCCAUGUACUUGGUGACCAUGCUGGGGAACCUGCUCAUCAUCCUGACCAUCGGCUCUGACUCUCACCUCCACACUCCCAUGUACUUCUUCCUCUCCAUCCUAUCCAUGACUGACAUUGGCUUUACUUCUACCACCAUGCCAAAGAUAAUUUGGGACAUUCAAACUCACAGCAGAGUUAUUUCCUAUGCUGGCUGCCUGAUUCAGUCAUCUUCUUUUUAUUUUUUUGGAUGUUUGGACGGUAUGCUCCUAACUGUGAUGGCCUAUGAUCGGUUUGUGGCUAUUUGUUACCCCCUGCACUACACAGUCAUCAUGAACCCUCACCUCUGUAGCCUGUUGGUUCUGGUGUCUUUUUUGAUCAGCCUUUUGGACUCCCAACUGCACUGCUUGAUGAUAUUGCAGCUUUCUUUUUGCACAAAUACAGAAAUUCCUCAUUUCUUCUGUGAUCCUCCGCAACUCCUCAAGCUUGCUUGUAAUGAUAACUCUACCAAUCAAAUGUUACUCUAUUUUAUUGGUGCCAUCUUUGGUGGUAUUCCAGUCUCAGGGAUCUUUUUCUCUUACUAUAAAAUUGUUUCCUCCAUUCUGAGAGUCCCAUCAUCAGGGGGGAAGUAUAAGGCCUUCUUCACCUGUGGCUCUCACCUUUCAGCUGUUUGUUUAUUUUAUGGAACAGGGCUUGGGGUGUACCUCAGUUCUAUCAUCUCACAUUCUUUCAGAAAUGAUGCAGAGGUGUCUGUGGUGUUUGCUGUGGUCGCCCCCAUGCUGAAUCCUUUCAUAUAUAGUCUAAGGAACAGGGAUAUGAAGAGGGCCAUGCGGAGGCUCCUCAGCAGAAUAGCCUAG